UGUCAUUCGGAUGUUAAUUGUACGUCAGUAGCUUACAUAACCUGUCGUUGUCAUUUAUGCAAGCCCAGCAAAACCGUAAUCAAAACAAAACAGAAAAAUCAAUUUUUAAAUAUCCGCUAGUAACUGUUUUCAUUCGCGACCAUAAGAAAUCCUUUGCAAGAAAAAAUCUGCAUGUUAAGUAAUACCAAUAAAGCAACACAGUUGUGGAACUACCAGUGGAUUUCAUUAGUUGUUCUGCGAAUAGGUGUGAUGUUACAAGUGUACUAUUUCUGAUAUGAAUUCAACUGGGAGAGCUUAUAUAAUUUAGAAUAUUUUGCGUUUUUUUACCUCACAAUGCUACAACAAGGAUUCAAUGUGUUGAAAAGUUUUUUGAGCUCCGACCCUCCUCCGAAUAAGGUUCUAGAAACUAGACCAGAUGCUUAUUCCCAAAGAGGCAUUCAUUUGAGGGAAGAUGACGGGUUAGUCCUUUAUCUGCCUCCACAAAAUGUCCCAAAAGGAGUUAAACCUCAAUAUGAGAUUGUUUUGCAUAGACCAACAACUGAAACUUUACACCAAAUGUACAGCCUCUAUCGUGCCACGACUCAGGAAGAGGCCGAGCUCAAAUUCAUCAUCUUCAAAGAUAAAAUUCCCGUAUUCAUUGAGGUAGCCAAAGAGAUGUGCAACGUUCACGGACUCCAAAAGCUGUGCGACAUCCUCACGGAGCAUCCGUCUUGGACGUUGGCCCACUUGGCCGCUCAUUUCGGCCUUCACGACAGUUUCAAUGACCCGCGCGUAAACUGUUACCUCAAUAGCUCCGAGCCGGAAACGGGCAUGUCGCCGUUGCAAGUGGCCAUUUCCACGCAGAACUUGAAAACUGUGCAGAUGCUCGUCGCGGCCAGUUGCUCAUUGGAACAUCUCGAUAACGAAGCCAACUCUGUGUUCCAUUAUGCGGCUAGCACGACGAAGGAAAUUAUUGGGACGUUAGCGCAAGGAUCGCCGCCUCGCUGCUUGAACGGCCGCAACAAAAACGGACACACUCCGCUUCACAUAGCUUGCCUGUCCGAUAAGCCGGAUUGCGUGAAAGCCCUUUUACUCGCCGGCGCCGACUCGAACAUAGCGGCGACCAAAGGUGACGAAGACGCGACCAUGGAGCCCAGCUACGUAGGCAACUACCUGCAGAACAAUCCGAAUACGUUGUACCUCAAGGACGUCAAGAGCGGCGGCACUCCCUUGCACUGGGCUAACUCCAGAUUGGUCAUCGAGGCGCUGAUAGACGUCAACUGUCACAUAAACGCUGUCAAUUUCGAGGCGAAAACGGCAUUGCACGUGAUGGUCGAGAGAAACAAAAUAGAUUGUGUAGUAGCAUUACUAAGCAGGCAAGCGGAUGCGGAUAUAGGUGAUAAAGACGGAAAUAGACCACUACAUUUGGCCGUGAAAACCGGAAAUCAAUCUAUAAUCCAAGCAUUGAUCGUCUUUGGCGUAGAUUUGGAUGUACUGAACAAUGCCGGUGAAACUGCCAGGCAUCUCAUGACAAAAGAUCAGGAAGCGAAACUCUUAUACUAUCUUGCCGCUGUUGGUGCUAGAAGGUGCUUGCCAGACGUCUCAGGUUGUACAGAUGGUUGCAGAUACAAUGGAACGUAUGAAGGAAUUCCACCUCCAAAACCUAUUGGGCCGACGAACCGCGAAGUACUGAACCUAAUGCUCUCUGUUGCCACAAUGGAAGUGGCCAGUUCCAAAUAUCCGGACGGGAAAUUCCCGAAACACGGCCGAUUGCUAUGUCUGGAUGGUGGCGGAAUCAGAGGGCUGGUCUUGGUUCAGAUGCUGUUAGAAUUAGAAAAAAUCAUCGGCAAACCGAUGACGCAUUGCUUCGAUUGGUUGGCCGGAACUAGCACGGGCGGUAUUCUUGCUCUAGGCAUAGCAGCAGGGAAAACUAUGAAGGAAUGCCAGUGUUUAUAUUUUAGUUUGAAACAUCACACGUUUAAUGGAAGUAGACCGUAUUCUAGCGAACCACUAGAAAAUGUUCUUCGGGAAACUUUUGGUACACAGACUGUCAUGUCGGAUAUAAAACAUCCAAAGGUGAUGGUUACAGGCGUUUUGGUAGACCGAAAACCGGUUGAACUACAUCUAUUUAGAACGUAUGCUAGUCCAAAUGACAUUUUAGAAGUAGUGCACGAUUCACCAUAUGAACUUCCACCUCCACCAGACAAGCAGUUCGUUUGGGAAGUUGGCAGGGCUACCGGAGCAGCUCCAACUUACUUUAGGGCAUUCAAGAAAUUCCUGGACGGCGGCCUGAUAGCGAAUAACCCCACGUUGGACGCCCUGACGGAGAUCCACGAACACACUCUCGCGCUGAAAGCGAAAGGCAGAAGCCACGAGGCGACGCCGGUGACCGUGGUGGUCAGUUUAGGCACGGGGUUGGUACCGGUGACGGAAAUAGUGAAAGAAAUCGACGUCUUCAGGCCGGAAAGUUUGUGGGACGGCGCCAAGUUGUUCGCCGGAAUUUCGUUUCUCGGGAACCUUUUGGUUGAUCAGGCGACAUCGAGCGACGGUCGCGUGGUGGAUCGCGCACGCGCCUGGUGCUCGAUGAUCGGGGUGCCGUACUUUAGAUUCUGUCCGCAACUCUCCGAGGAUAUCGCGAUGGACGAGAAAUCGGACGACAAGCUGUGCAACAUGCUGUGGGAGACGAAAGCGUACAUGCACGCGAACGUCAACACCAUGAAGGAACUCGCCGAUAUUUUGAACAGAGGAUAGAUGAACUUUAGUAAAAACGGGAAUAAAGAGCGCAACGGGUUAACAGAGCAGUUAAAACAGUAACAUAAUACCAAAUACCAUGACCUUGACCUUGAUUUCCUGGGUAUUUGAGGGUGUCCAGAAAGUAGGGAAAGCACAAAAUGCCCCGAGUAGUAUAUAAAGUUGUAAGGUUUUAAAAGAUUCUUCUAAUGGUGACCUUGAACGUGACCUUCCUGAUCUUCCUACCCAGAGCCUUACUCAAUUAGAACGUAUUAAUCCUUGAUAAAUUAUUUCUGGAUAGAGUAUUACAUAUUAAACCUGGGUAUUUUCAAUUUUACAGAUGAUACAUUGUUAAAUGAUUACAUAACUUUCUUAUAAGAAAGAAAUGAAUCUCGUUUUAAUCUUGCCGUAAAUAAAAAAGUUUCAAAGGUUGUAGGGUUUCAAAGGUUAAAACGGUGAUCGUGACUUUGACCAUGACUUUCAAGGACAUUUCGGGAUCAAGUGAAUAUUUUCAAAUGAAUCCACGCUUUUUAUAGCGGAAUUGAAAAGAGCAGGAAAUUCUGCUGUCGAGUAUGACCUUGACCAUAACUAUGACCAUCAAACCCAUUUCAAGGUCAAUUAACGACGUUGAAAAUAAUUUGCACCGGCAAAAAUGUUUGACGACACAGUUGUGAAGUUCGUGGGUGUCACUCAAACGCGAACUUAAUCAUCAUCUAGGGCCAUGACUUUCAAGGUCAAAUCAAAAUUUUCAGACGAAACAUCUUCAAAGAAAAGUAGGAAAAGUUAAGUCCGAAUAUUUUCAAAUGGAAUCUCCAUUUUUUAAACCGGAAUUGGAAAGAGGACCAAAUACUACUUCCAUAUAUAACAUUGACCAUAACCACGACCUUCAAGGCUAUUUAAACCCCAACCAAAGACAGCACAGCUGUAAAGUUUGUGGGGUCACCCAAAGGCGCCUUAAUCAUGGCCUUGGCCUUCAAGGUCAUGAUAAAAUUUCCAAGAUAAACCCCUCGUUUUUAUCCCGGGAUCUGAUAAAAGCAAGAAAUGUUACUCAGUGACUUUUUUAUCAAGGUCAUGUCAACUCCUUGAUUUUUAUGCCAACAUUGCAAUGAGCAGGAACUUUAAUAUUUAAACGUGUAAAAUUUUGACAUGACCUUGAAGGCUAUGGUCAAGGUCAGCUAUUUCAAGCUCAAGAAAACGAUUUUUCUAGCAAAAAUAUUCGACAGCACAGUUAUGAACUUUAUGGAAACCCCUCAUUUCUAUCACAGAAUCUGGAAAAAGUAAGAAAUGUUACGUUUAAAAGACUUUGAUGUCAAGGUCAUGUCAAUCCUGAAGGUUAUUUGUAAGGCAACUUCUUGAUUUUUAUGGCAACAUUGCAGAUAGCAAGAAUAGUUAUAUUUGAACGUGUACAUUUUGAACAUGACCUUGAAUGAUGGUCAAUCAUCGUUGGCUGACCGUCACCAAGCUCAAGCCUGUGAUGUCGAACGUUUUGGCGAAAUCAAAUUCUUUUCAAUGCAGUGAUUUCACGUUGUAAUGACCUUGACGGUCACGGUCAAGGUCCCCUUCUUUCUAAAAAAGGCGAGUUACAUUCGAGAAUACUCGCUUGACCUUGAAAUAACCUCGAAGGUCUCGACCAAGGUCUUCUUUCUUUAUGGCUUCUGCGUUGUCAGUGUGUUCUACGUGUUCCUAGAGUUAAACCACAACUUUCGGACAAUUGUCUUUUAAGGUGUACUCGAAAUUAUAUAGCCGAUAGCUUUAAAAUGGUGUAGGGAGGUUAGUCAAACAUCAUAUAGCAUAUGCAUAGAUUCUUCUCUCACCCGGACAUCGUAGGUGAAUUGACGCUCGACCAAGGUCACCAUCGUUUUGAUCCCACAAAAACCCAACUUUUAUUGGAAACGUGUUUUUUCUAGGAUCGUUAGUUAUCGAAAUAUUCAGGUAGGGAGAUUAAAAUGCGUCACUCUGUAUAGGCGAUUAUGAUUAUGGCUCAGAGGUGGCUGAUAGUGCUAAAUGAACUUUACGACGGUGCAUGGUACAAAAUCGAUGUAUCAUUCAGAUCGUUUAAUCUACUGACAACAGGAUUGAAUACGUUUUGUGAUAUAACAAAACUAACGUAAAAACUAAACAUGACCUUCGAUUAUGUACCCUGUACAAUACGCGCACGUUUCUGUAUUGAAGUAUUUGUGAAUAGAGUAAUAAUUCAAACUGGCAGUAAAUGCCGGUAAAUAUAAUGGAUUAUUAUUAAUUAUAUAGUGAUUUGUUGGAAACGUACAUUCCUGUCUUAUAUUGAUUGGUAUUAUGGUAAGUAGUCUAAUCAUAUUAGCAAAUUUCCACGAAAUAAUUGUAAAGUCAGGUUUUAUUGGUGGAAGUUGUUCAAGGUGGUAUUCAAAACAUGGACGCAUAAAAAGGGACACCAAUUUUUGUGGGAAAACUUUUUACCACAAAUAAUGAGAAUUCGUGUUUUUUUGGGAUCCAAUCGAAAAUAUUGACAUACGUAAAAAGAUCCGACUAAUAGCCAAAAUGUUAUGGCCAAAAAACAAUGCAAAAUGCAUGUUUUGGCACUUGUUGGUAAUGCGACGAAUACGAAAUGUUUGAAUUUGUUUAGAAGAAAUAACGUAACCCAAUCUUUUUUGCAUAAAAAUAACAUUUAUCUUCCGGGAUGGUUUGCGAUUUAUAUCGGCAAGAUCACCUAGUGUAUUUUGCUAUAAAAUGCCUUUUGAACUAACCCUGUAUAUUGCUUAAUAAACCAGUAGUGAUGGCCGAAUAACAGGUGUUUUGGGAAAAACAAUUAUAAAUUCUCUAAAAACUACCUGACCAAUCUUCGACAAUUUUGAAGAAUAUCAAAUAUUUGCGAGAAACCAUCGUCGCAUUACCAAGUGCCAAAAAAAUAUAACUUUUUUGCUGUUAGUCGGAUCGUUUUACGUGUAGUCUCAUUCUAAGGGCUUAAUAAAUACAUAAAAAUCCUAUAUGAAGAGUGAGUUUUCGCACAAAAAUUGGUGUACCCAUUUUAUGCGUCUAUGUUUUGAAUAUCCCCUUGAACAACAUGCAGCAAUAAAACCAGACCUUACAAUUAUUUCGCAAACCAGCGGUAUUUUCGUCUAAUAUGAAUCCUGACAGGCUAGUCUACUAGAAAUUGGAAGUGAAAUUGCAAAAUCAUGACAUUUGUUUGUUGCUUUAUUGUUUUAUCUAUUCCUUCAUAUUUAUUAUUACAUUAAGAAUUUUGUUGUGAUCUAUAUAUUUAAAGUUGUUAAUUUUGGGAUAUAUAUUAAUUCUGUUGAAAUUUAUACAAUACGAUUCUAUUGUUUUAUGGAAAUAAAAAAAUAUACGGUCUUACUAUA